UCAAGCACAGCUGGUGCUCUCGGUGCGGUGGCGGCUGCCGACCGCACUGCAGCCAUGUCGAUCAUCAAAAAUGCACCGCAAGCACCAGAAAGGCUGGAUUGGAUGUAUGAGCAGAGCGCAGCAGCUGUGAAGCCCAACGACGAUGAGUAUUAUGAUGAGAUGAUGAAGAUUCAGGUCUCUGCUCAGAAGGACAAAGACAUUGAGGCUGUCAAGAACUUGCAGGGCAACACUGCUGGCUCUCUCUUCCUAACCAGUGCCACCAAGACCACCGAGGACAUGGUUCGAAAGCUGCGAGAAGAUCCGCUCUUUCAGAUACGUCGACAAGAGCAAGCAGCGAAGGAAAGCAUGAUGACAAAUCCCCUCAUCAUGGCAAAGAUCAAAAAGAAACAAGAAAAGGCAGCAAAGAAAGCAGCCAAAAAAGAAAAGAAAGCCGCGAAGAAGGAGGAGAAGGCCUUGAAGAAAGCCGCAAAGGCAAAGAAGAAAUCCAGUAGUGACAGCUCAGAGGAGCCUGCAGCACCACCGGCUCCACCGGCCAAAAAGCGAGAAAGGGAAGAGCCACCUGAGCCGGACCUGUCUGCGCUUGGACCCAGCCAAGCUGUGCUGAGCAAACGCAUGGAACACGAAAUGCGAGUGAAGCAGCAAAAAGAUGCAGCACUAGCUAGUCGUGGUCUGGGAAGGCGAAUGACAGAUGAGGAGAAAGAUCAGCGAGUGCAGCAAAUGAGAGUUGAUGCCAAAAAGCAUGAGAGGAUGAAGGAUGAUCGGAUAGCUUCUGCAGAAGACAGGGAGAAACAGAUCGAGGAAUUGGAAGCAAAGAUGAGAGGGAAGUCUGAUCAGAAGUAUUUCCGAGAUCUGCGGAAGGAUGCAUACGCCGCCGACGCAGAGAUGUCUGUUGCGGACCGCAUCAAGACACAACGCCAUCGGCGGCAGAAGAACAUCAAUGAUCCUCUGGAAAAGGAUUAACGCGCUCGUCGUGAG